GGCCACAAGCCGACUGACUUAGGUUAGUUUUUCACUCGCCGCUUCGUCGCGGUGUCGCGAGUGUGCUUUGUGUGUGUACAAGUUGUGUGUAAAACGCAAAUUACUGUUGCCCCGUUUUAGUAACAAAUCAAAGAUGAGUCGUAAAGAAGCACUGUCGCAAUUCAUCCAGCAAAUCCAUGGACGACCCGUGGUGGUAAAACUCAACAGUGGUGUGGAUUACAGAGGAGUCCUGGCAUGUUUGGAUGGAUACAUGAACAUUGCUCUGGAGCAGACAGAGGAGUAUGUCAAUGGUCAAUUGAAGGAUAAAUACGGUGAUGCAUUCAUCAGAGGAAACAAUGUCUUGUACAUAAGUACUCAGAAGAGGAGGACAAAUUAAAAUGAAGAGAAUGUCUACUAUUAUGAUAAUAAAAUACAUUUAUUUUUAAGUCUAUAAUAUUAUAACAAAAACCAUUAAUUCCAUUAAGUAUAAAAUAAAAGAAAUUUUCUAACUA